UUCAGUUUCAGUUCGUUUUUCAUCUGCUUCUGAUCUGCAAUGGAGAGAAAAUGGAUGUGAGAACGCGUGCAUCGUUCGAAAGAUAAAAAACACAAAAUAACUUCAAUAUUUCAACAUUUUAUAGUGACAAAAAUAUCCAAAUCCCAGUUAUAAACAUUCAUUCUACUUUUCUCUCCGUUUAAAUUGCUCGGAAGUAUCAUUGAAGUAAGAAAAAAAAACAAUAAAGUAAAACCUGAAACUUAAUUACAAGAAAAAGAAUGAAUUGAGAAAAAAUUAGUGCAGUGAAUUUUCAAUUUCAACCCGACAUCGUUUCCUCGUCUCGGUCUCCUCCCAUCUCUGUCCAUCGUCGUCGUUUCCCUAAUCUAUGUAUCUAUCUAUCUAUACACCUCGCACCACAAAAUCCAAUACAUAUAGAUUUAUGUAGCAAAAAGCAAAAGAAAAAAGUGAAUUAAUAAAAAGAAAAGCUUAGAAAAUGAAGCUAAAAAUAUAUAUCAAUUGCAAGCACAAGAAGCAGUAGUAUAGAAAAUAGAAAUAAGAAAAGCAGAAGAGUGAGGUGAAGAAGAAAAAUAUAUCAAAAUCAGCAGUUUUUUUUUGUUUUUUGGAAAAAGUAUCGAAAUCGAAUCGAAUUGAGUUUACAUGUGAACAACAUAGUGAGUGGUGAGAACGGGCGCGCGAGAAUUUAUUGAAAAAUUGAAAAAUAAAAUUGUUAAAAGUUUUCACUUGCCGAAGUUUUGUUGGUUUUUCUUUUCUCACAACUCGAGUUCAAGUCUUAUGUGAUGGAAGAGAAAGAAUAGAAGUUGAUGAUAACAAAAUAUAAAAUAAAGUGUUAGUUGAAGGGAGAUAAAAAAGCGCAAACGAAGCAAGACUAAGCAGGAGGAAUAAUGUUCAUCGUCGUCGGAUCGAAGAAAUCUCCGCUUAAGUUCUUGAAUUAAAAAAAAAAGAAAAAAUAAUUUCAAUUUAUUUUGGCUGCUUAUUCUACGCUCUACGGAAAAGGAAAACGCUUGUGCUGUUGAGUGUUCGUUGCGUUGGACGUUGUUCGCUCGGUUUCAUGGAAGUCUUCCCUUGUCAAAACUGCAUUUUUACACCAAUAACAUGACAUGUAAACAUUAUACAAAAUAGGCAAAUGAAUAAAACGUCAGAAAAGAACACUAAAACACAACAUCAAACGUGAUUCAACCCCAUGUGCAUUAUUAAAAUAUACAAUAGUAAUAGUUUAAAAAAAUCAUAAUAUUAAACAAACAAAAAAUGACAUUAUGUUGUUCAUAAAACAUGGGACUUCGUCGAUAUCUUAACAAAGCUUAUGUUUGCAAUCGAAUUAAGAUUUAUAUUUUAUGAAACAUAUAUUUGUUUCUAUUUUUUUUAAAUCGGUUAAAUAAUUUUUAUUAAGUUUUCUUAUUUUUAAAUUUGUUUUUGGGAUUUUCUGAAUAGAAAAUCACAUUUUUUUUUAUAAAAAAAAACAACAUAUACUACUCAUGCACGUAUAUUUCGUACAAAAUACAAUAAAACAAAAGCUGUUGUCUGUUUAUUAAAACAACGGCAAAAGACGCCAAACAAACAGAAUCUAAACAUAAAAACACACAUCUUCAUAAUUCAUAAUCGCAUCAUCAUUAAUUCAAACAUCGUCGUCGUUGUGGUCCACUUGUGAUAUUACCAUCGCCAUCAUCGCUUCAAUAAGUGACUUCGUAAGAACAGAUCGAUCGAUAUUAUAUUUGUAUAGUAUCGAGAACGAUCGAAUUGGCGUGGUGCAGCCCCGAAAGCAGAAAAAAGUAUGGCAACACCACAAGUCAAAGAUUUGGUGUUGCGAUCGCCAGCUGGGUCAUCGGAAGUUGUGACAUUCUCUUGGCCCUUACAAAUUGGCCAUGGCCAGGAUAAACACGAUAAUGGCAUCGAUAUUAUUGAUACGAUUAAAUUCGUAUGUGAGGAGCUGCCGGGAAUUAGUUCUGCAUUUGAAGAAGUUAAUUUGAAUAACAUCGACACUGCCUGCUAUAAGACUAUGACCAAUCUUGUCGAUAGAUUUAAUAAAGCCGUUGAUAGUAUCGUCGCAUUGGAAAAAGGAACAUCACUGCCAACUGAAAGGCUGAACAAAUUUGCUGAUCCAAGCCUUCUCCGUCAUAUUUUACAAUUAGUAUAUAAUGCUGCCGUUAGUGAUCCUGACAAACUCAAUAAUUAUGAACCUUUUUCACCGGAAGUUUAUGGUGAAACGUCUUAUGAGCUCGUUCAACAGAUGAUCAAACACGUUACAGUCAAUCAAGAUGACACGUUUAUUGAUUUGGGUUCUGGAGUGGGACAAGUAGUUUUACAAAUGGCUGGCUCAUUUCCUUUAAAAACUUGUAUUGGCAUCGAAAAAGCCGAUACGCCUGCUCGCUAUGCCCAGCGAAUGGAUACAUUUUUUCGUCAAUACAUGGCUUGGUUUGGAAAACGAUUUUGCGAGUACAAACUGCUUAAGGGCGAUUUCUUGGUGGACGAACACCGUGAGAAAAUCACCUCUUCCACUUUGGUUUUUGUCAAUAAUUUUGCCUUUGGGCCAAAUGUGGAUCAUCAGUUGAAGGAAAGAUUUGCUGACCUGCGGGAUGGUGCUCGAAUUGUUUCUUCAAAGAGUUUUUGUCCGCUUAACUUUCGAAUUACCGAUAGAAAUCUAAGUGACAUUGGAACAAUAAUGCAUCUUAGUGAAAUACCCCCCUUGAAAGGAUCGGUAUCGUGGACAUGCAAACCCGUAUCUUAUUAUUUGCAUGUCAUCGAUCGUACGAUACUUGAGCGGUAUUUUCAGCGAAUGAAAAGUCACAAAGGACCCGAACACAACGAACAUGUUGGUUCAACACGAACUACCCGCGAUCGUGCCAAACGUGAGGCAAAUCACCAAAACCAAAACCAUAAUAACAAUCAUGCCAAUUCUGUAAAUAACUCCUUAAACGCCAAUAACAGCAGCAACUCUAAUACUCCCACCAUGAAUUCGAAUUCAAAUUCCACUGGAUCAACUACAACAAAUGCCCAAAAUGGUAAAGCCUCCACAAAAAUGGAUGAAUCUUCGACAGAUAGCGAGGCUGAGGCGGUAGUUGCUGGAACUGCUCCAACGACGACACGUCGCACAUGGUCAGAUUGGUGCAGUUCGAAAGGCAAGAGCAGCCAAUCAGAUGACGAGGAAAAUAACAACUUCUCGAGUACAACAAAUUCUAGAAAUAUUCGCGCUGCAACGCAGAAGCGAAAAAAAUUGACACGAAAAGCAGCUAUUGCGAGUAAAUCAGCUGCGGCGGCAGCAGCGGCGCAAGCAGCAGCUGAGAAAAUUGCCGCUGCAGCAGCACAAAAGGAAUCUGGCAAUCUUGCAGCACCGAAUGCUGUUGGUGGUGCCAAACGAAAGGGUCGCAUGAAAAAGGGAGGAGGUCGUGGCAAGAAGAGUUUGAAAAUAGUUGGUUUGGAUGUGCUUCACACUCAAACUUUACUCAGCACGAGUGCAGAAAUGAUGUGCAAAAAGUUGCCACCAGCUCCAGGUUGUGUAGAUCAGCAAUUAACUUCGCUGACAGGUGAUAUGAGCCACACGGAAUUGGAUAUUCCGCAAGCGCCCUCAGACACUCCGUAUGCUUUACAAAUUAUUUUGGACGUAUUUCGACAACAGUACAUGACCAUGAUUGAUAACAUGAAAUCUAAGUCAUUUGUACCUAAUCUCAAGCGAAAGAUUCAGAUGGAGCAAGAGCGAAAGCAACGUAUUAAGAAUCGUGCCAGUCAAUUGGACAAACAAAUUAAAGUUCUUAUCGACGAUAGUGUUGCUUUGUUGAAAGCUCGUAUGAAUGAACUUGGCAUAAACAUGUCAUCUCCAAACGAUUUGCUGGCAAAAGCUAAGGAAAUUGUUGGUCGUCAUAAGGAGCUGCAGGGAAUGGUUAAGAAAAUGUCAAGUCAAGUGACAGCUGGGGAAAUUGAACAGAAACGGCUCUUAAAGAAGAAUCUCCAUAGCUUGCCUGAAUUCGCUAAGUUAACAAAGCAAAAGAAUGGAACAGCCGAAACUUUGGAUAUAUCCGAAGCAGCUGCCCACGACCUACUAUUGAAAGAAAUCGCUAAUACUUUGGUGCAAAGGAAAAAACUUUACGCUCAGGUAUCAACCAUUGAAAAAGAGAGUAUUACGCUUGAGAAGGUAGUGGAAGAACGCAAAACUGCCGCGGCACUUCUGGCACAGGGAACGAAUUUAAGUAUUGCAACAUCUGUAGCUCCAGCGCCUGUCACUACAUCAAGUACGACGACUACCACAACAAGUAAAUCAAUGCAUGCAAAGUCGUCGAGGCGAAGUAGAGACCAUCGGACGCGCUCCCAAGAAUGGCCAGAUGUUCCAGACGUUGGUAAAAUUGAAGAAAGUAAUCCCGAAGUUCUGGCGCAAAAGAUUCUCGAAACGGGAAGGCAAAUAGAAGCGGGUAAAAUUCCAAGCUACAAGCAUAAAGACGAGAGAUCGAAUAAACAUCGCAGCAGUAGUAGCGAACACAACACACACCACCAUCAACAAUUCCCCGCGCACCACUCAGGACCAGAUAGUGCACUUAUGCCAGCACCACCUCAAGGUGGCCUGAAGCAACAACAAAUUCCCAUCGUAGCCAAUCAUGUAUCGGUGACUGCAAGUGUUGGACGAGGCAGUAGUAAAUCAUCGAAAAAUCACCAAGAAUCUCCAAAAGUAGCUAAUUUCGAGGAUCGCCUGAAGAGUAUUAUUACUUCAGCACUGAAUGAAGAUCAGGAGCAUAGAAAAUCUCAACAUCAACCAGUCGAAACAACUGCUCCUCUCCCGCCUGUAUCACCGGCGAAGAAGUCCUCUUCAAAAUCUUCGACUAACACCCACCAACAUCAGCAGACGGCGCAACAACAAAUGCACCACCAUCAUCUGAGCAAUAUUAUAACAGUGGCAACUCAGGGACUCACGCAUUUGAAUUCGACAACGACGAUUUCGCCAAUAACUCCGCCACUGCAGCAACAUCAUUACGGACAUAGUGUGCCCAAUCAAAAUGGGCCAAUUCAUCAUAUGCACCACCAUUCGCAAACGAUGCCACCAACAGCUCAUAGUGGUUAUAAAUCAUCCUCUGCAAUACCUUCUAACCUGGGGUCAUCUUUUUCCAAGCAGUCAACGUCGUCUUCCUCCAUAUCAUCAUCAACUUCUCUGCCGCCGAAUUCUUCGGGAUCAUCUUCUUCAUCAUUAUCCGCCCACCAUCAGCAACAUCAAAAAUAUCCUAAAUCCAAUCCCUCGAGUAGCAGUUCUUCUUCCUCGCUUGAACGAGGAGUUUCGAUGCAUCAGUUGCAUGCUCACAAUCAACAUCAUUCGGCACAACUACAGCAGCCAUCGAAUGCACAUCAACAUGCUGCGCUGUAUGCUGCCGCAACGGACUUAGCUUUUCGGCGAAAUUAUGAACACCAUUACCAGGAGUUCAAGGCACCGGAGACUAUGAACCGAACUCUUGUUGAAGAACCAACCAGAAGUCAUUCGGCUUCUUCAGACUCGGCAAUGUAUUAUCCACCGACAAGGGAUCGUCUUCUAUCCAUUGAAAGAAAUCAACAGCAACAGCCAUUGCAACAACCAAGUCGACCUAGUUCAAGUUCUUCUCAACCAGAUUAUACCCAAGUCUCUCCAGCCAAAAUGGCUCUACGAAGGCAUUUGUCACAAGAAAAAUUGGCCAAUCAGCAUGUGGGGCCCGCAAAUGGUAGUAAUGGAAGUGUAAUGGCGAGCAAGACAAUUGGAGACUUAGUAAAUGGAGAAAUAGAAAGAACUUUAGAGAUAUCCCACCAGAGUAUCAUAAACGCUGUGGUCAAUAUGAGUGCUAUGACAGUGCCUCCAACAACGGCUGGUAACGGUUCAACGUCUACACAAUCCACAACAGAACGGCCUAUAAUUAAUCCAAAUGCUCAACGUCCUGAACGAGUCCAUGUACGCGUCUUGGAUGAAAUUUCAACGCAGCAAAAUCACCCAGCUCCCUCUCAUCAUCCCCAACAGCACCAACAACAUCAUCAUGGCCAUCACCCGUAUAAUCAAAUAUCACCACGAUCGAGAAGUGAUGGAAGCAUGUCUGAGAUAAAGAAAUCUCCAGCUCACAAUCUAACAACAUUAGCGCAAGUUGCAUACAAUCAAAAAAUAAUAUCAAAGCCACAGCAACAACCAUCGUCUUCUUCGUCAAUUGGUAGGCAAACAAAUACAAUGAGUUGUACGUCUGUAGGAUAUCAACAACAACAACAUUCAAUGCCCUCAGCUACUAGUGGAAGUGGAAGUGGAACCCUUCCCCAUCCUUCGCCAACAUCUUCAUCAUCAAGAAAUAACGCGAACUCGAAGCGGGAUUAUUCAAAGGUAGCCUUGCCCCGUGCUGAAAUGAAGCCCUGCUUGGAAUCGUACUUUAAUGAAGAACCCAAGUCGACUCCAGUUACUGCUUCCAUAUGUAUGAAGGAAAGAAUGUCAAAUAGGCGAAUUAAUGGAAAUCCACCCUUAGAAGGGCUAGCAGUUUCUCUACAGGAUCACGUCAUGGCAUCGCGAAAAUUCAAGGAGGAAAGCGAAGAGCGGCAACGUAGAUCUGAAUUAGCUGCUGCACAUUUUCAACAUUCUAAUGCAACAUCGAAUACAUCAAAUGUUCAUUCACUGACCCAACAUCAUGAUACAAAAUCAUCUCCGAUUAAGGUUGAAAUUGGAAUGAAGCGAACUUCGCCAAUAGCUCAUCAUCCGCGUCCAUCCAAAAUUCCUCACUAUUCUUCCCACGAACACCUUAUGGCGGUCAAUACAAACACGAAUAGCAAUAGCUGUAGCAGCACCAAUAAUGGUCGUGCAUCAAAUUCAUCCCUCGAACCGCCGCUUAUGAGUCCUGAAAUUAAUUCACUCAUGACUGACGAGAGACCAUUGCAAUUGUCGUCUCGUCCACGCACAACGGACGACGAUGACGUUAUACCAGAUGAUGAGACCCAUUGGCAAGAUCGUGUGAGCUCUGGAUUUGAUCGUUUGGUAGCAUUCGCUUCAACGGAACUUGAUAAAACACGCCGCUCAAUUGAUACUGAUACAGCGCCAUCUAUUAGUUGUAACACAUCACCGGAUUCAGGAAUAACGCACAGCAGUAAUAGUGAGGCCCGUACAUUCCUUUCGACUUCAUCUUCAUCGUCUCAGUUAGACAUCGGUGCCCAUACGGAUCCAAUGAGCGACAGCAGCACAAAAUCAUCACACGAUGUUGUUUCAAUCAGUAAAACUUCGAUAGUCGAUGAUGCAAUUGAAAGUCCACCAUUGUCUGAUAUCGGACUUCCUCGGACACCCAGUCCAUCAGCAGUGACCCCGCCAUUGGGAUCGCUAUUAUUUCCCCAGCAGCCACCAACUACAUCCGCUCCAUCAGAAUCUAAUGUCACAUCGGGAUCAAAAGCCUCAACAACAUCAUCAUCAUCAUCAUCUUCCUCCUCCACGGUACAACCAUGUCUUAAAAUUCCACUCAAGUAUCAACGCAAAUCGAAAACAUCUUCGGAGAAACAUUACAAGAAGAAAUUCUGUGAAAGAAACUGGGGAUUUGAAGAUGAGACACUUUACGGAUCGGGCGAUGCUGCAACUAGCGAGUGUAAUGGGAUGUUGGCCGGUGCAAGCAGCUCUUUAAUAAACAACCAUCGAAAAGAAGAAGUAAGUGCCAUGCAUCAUAAAGCUUCAAAAUUUCGACCGAAAGGAAAGGAUUGGGAUUGGUCAGUAGAGAGUAAAAACAAGGGAAGCAAUGUAACGACGGCUUCCUCAUCCACGGUGGUAGGUAUAUAAGUAGAGAAAAUCCUGUUUUGGCCUGAGAGUUUUCCUUUUGAUUUGUUAUUUUAUUUCUUUAAGUUAUAUUCUAUUUAACUAAACAGAUAAAACUUUGUAAUUAAAUUUAAAUUUGACGUUUUUAUAUUGAUUUAUUUAUGUAUUUUUUGUUAGUUUUUGCAUUUUAAUUGAGAUAUUUUGUAUUGUUCUUUGUUCUACAGAGUUUUUCUUUUUAUUUAUUAUAAGCAAAGUCAAAAUUAUUAUUAAUUUUAUCUUUACAUACAUACAUGUGUUUGUAUUUUAUUUAUUUUACCUUGUUAAACAUAAUCAGACUUAUUUAAUGUUUUGUUAUUUUUGUUUGAAUCAAAUUAUAAUUAAUGAUGGUUAAAGUUCAUACUAAACAUCUUACAACUCUAAUCUUACAAAAAAAAAAUAUAGUAAAUGCCUUUAGAACAGUUUUUUCUGCAAUAGAUUGCCUGGGACCAAAUAAAGUGUAUUCGAAUAAUUGGUAUAAUUUUCUUUCCAACAUUUUUUGGUAUAUCUAUUCAUACCUUCCAACCAAUUUGAUCAACCAAUAAAAAUACAUUUCGCAAUACAAUUUAAUUUGUAUUUUGAAAGCAUGCUUUUUAGGAUUUUGGUGUAGUUGCAAAACAGUUGGAAAACUGGUACAGUUAAUAUCGUGAUAGGUAUUUUUUUUGAACGAACGUACAAUGUACAUUUCAAUUUUAUUCUAUGAACAAUAAAAAGAUUGUAUUUAAAAGAAAGAGUUUCAAGUCAAAUUUAAUUCAAUAAGUAAUUUUAUUUUCGAAUUCUGAAAAUGCUAUUCAGCCCUAAUCUGCAAUUCACGUGGAUCGUAUAUUAGAAUCACCAAUUUGAUUCCCUUUCACACUGCCUUUGCAUUCUGCUAUCCAUCGGGUGAACUACAUUAUCCCAAACCAAUUUGACAUUCAAAUAAACAGCUACAAAUCUUGGG